AUGGGGCAACUCUCAGAUUCACAUCCCGAAGACGGGGGUACAAGGGUAUCCUCAGCUCCAGCAAGGCCCAACAUGAGCGCUCAUACCGGAUCCACUGGAGAGAUACGCCGGCAGUGGUUGCUGUCUCGCGGCGAUGAGAUCAAGGCGGAAGACCCUGAGGAUUCUAUCCAAAGUGUCCGGAACCGAGUUUCUUUCGGCACCCAGAACACAGCCAAGGACACAACUGUCAAGCAGGAGGAUGUCGCUAGCCUGGACGUCAAUCAGAUUAUGCCAGUUCACCAACAGAAAUCCCGGAAGAACGACGUUGUGAACUCAACCGUUGGUGUUGGUGAUGACGAUGACGAUGAUUGUAUGAUCAUCGAUGAAGCCGAUGUCCCGGAACACGUCAGAAUGAAGGCCAACUCUAAGCCCUUCAGCACACAAGUCCGAGUUGCACCUGAUGUUAUCGGUCUUGGCGGAAAGAAGGUUACUGUCAAAGUCGAAGAAUAUGACAAUGGAAUUGACGACCAUGACAACGACAAUGGUGCAGUCAGUGGCGACAAUUUGUUUGUCUCCCAACAUUCCGACAGAGGCGAAGAGACAGAUGAGUUUAUGAUGGACGAAUACGCAGAACUCUCCGAUGGAUCUAUCGCAAGCGAACGGCGGCACCGCCACGGCCGCAGACCCAUUGCGGGUGGUAAAGAUGGCUUGAAACGCUCACCGAAGAAACGCCCAAAACCUGGCAGAGAGGUCCAGCAUAUCGAUGAUGAAUACGAGGGGGAUGAUGAUGACGACAUUGAGGAGAUGGAGCAUGAGCUGCAGAUACUGGUGGCAGAGCAGAAUUUGCUGGAGCGCCGCAGCGCCAAGGGCAAAUUAACACCAACGGGUGAGAUGAGGCUUGAAGAAGUUGACCGAAAGAUUGAGAGUAUUCGACGGAGACUUGGGGCAUCUGUCGAACCGCCGAGUGUGGAUGGAGACAGGGACAGAGAUACGCCCCAUAAUAGCAGGGUUCCAACAUCGGAUACUACCAAGAAACGAAAAGGGGCGUAUGCGGAGCCUGGGAAGGCCAGAGCCAAAAAACCCAAGCCUGAGCCAAAGAUGACGGCACACAAGAAGAAAAAGCAGAAGGAGAAGGCCAUGCAGAUGAUCACUAGUAUGUUGGGCGGAGAGGACCCAGUGAUAGCCAGAAAUCAUAUGAGGAUCCUCGCAACAUUCGACCAACUCCCUGAGGAAGCAAAGACUGUUGAAGGGAUGGAGAGGCAUAUCAGAGAUGCCAUUGAAGCCGACGGCAUGCUUACCCCUCAAGAGAAGAAGAGAAUUGCAGGUGAUCUAAAACAGCUAAAGGAAGCGCGUGUUGCAUUUGGCAAGAAGAAUUACAAGCAAGAUGGUGGUACAUGGAAGAUCGCUGGUCUUGAGUCUCGGCUUCAUCACUACCAAUUUGCUGGCGCUGGAUGGAUGGUGAACAGAGAACGUUCUGGAGAUGUUCCCGGCGGUUUUCAGUGCGAUGAUACUGGCUUGGGAAAGACAGUAAUGACAUUGGCAUGCAUUGCUCCGUGGGACAGAGAUGAAGAUCCUAGUCAUGGUGGUACCCUAAUCGUCGUCCCGGCCUCUGCAGUUUCGCAAUGGAUGGAGGAGAUCGCAAAACAUACAUCUCGCAUGACAUCCGAUCAGUACCAUUCUACUCGCCAGCAUCGCAUGCGACAGGGCAGCAUGAACAGGAUGGACAUAGUUGUCAGCAGCUAUCAAGAGGUGGUCAAAGGAUUUCCGAAUGAACGCCUGCCAGAAGUAUCUGAGCGCAUGAGAGAACAGGAAGGAGAGCUCUUCAAAGUCAAGUGGUUCCGAGUAAUUCUGGACGAGUGCCACGCUAUCAAGAACCAGAACACCCAGACAGCUAAGGCAUGUCUUGCGCUCCAAGGUGAAUACAAGUGGUUACUCAGCGCAACACCUCUUCAAAACGUUCCGGACACCGGUUCUUUCAGGCAAUUUAGAAAGAAAUUCGAGCUGAAAAAGCCCCAACAAGCUCGAGGUCUUCCUGCUGAUCUCUCCGCUCUUCUUUCUGAAAUCGUUUUGAAGAGGGAUAUCACAACUGUUUUCCUGGGCAGAGCUUUGUUCAAAAUUCCUAUUACGCACCCUGAUCUGGAACUAUGGGUUAACUUCUCCAGAGAGGAGACGCUCAUUUACAGGAUGGUAGAGGGCAAGUUCAGGAAGGAGCUCAACGACAAAUUCAUGCAACGCGCAGGCAUAAACACAACAGCCGACAAGUUUAUUAAAUCAUACCUCACCCUAGCUCUUCGAUUGCGGCAAGCUACCGCCCACCCAUACCUACUCGAGUCCCUCAUGCGUGACCACUUCACGCCGGAUGACAUACAGAAGCUGAAGGAAGAGCUUUGCAAGCUCAAGACCAAUCAGAGAUAUGUUCAACAAAUAGGCCGCUGGUGUGAUGGGUUAGUUCAGCAGGGUGUUCUCAGACGUCAACCUUAUGCGGGGGACGACCACGACAAGUUCGGAGAAGGCGACUAUGGUGAAGAGUUCGACAUAGCCCCGCAACUUGAAAGCAUGCAGAAGGCAAAAAUGGACAUGCAAAGCAGAGCGGAAAUUUGCAGCUGCGAUCAUUUCUACUGCCCUGAAUGCAUCCAUGACCACGUUGAGAGGGCAAAGUCACGGAAGGCGAAGCGUUAUAUCUGCCCAGUUUCCACAUGUCGUCGCGCGUUGUUGGACCCAUUAAUCAUUAGAUACAGCACUCAGAGCCAGCGAGACGACAGGGCAUCAGUAUCAGAUAUGGCUUCGACGGCGAGAAAAUCUUAUAACGCAAUCAGGAAGAGCAAGGAAGGCAAACAUGACCUCGGCGACGACUUUCAUGGGUUCCAGCCUAUGGGUGAUCCUAGGAACGCAACCUUUCUCGCGGAGGCUGACAGAAAGCAUACGGUAAAUAUGACACCCAGCGCUAAAACAACCAGAUUGAAAGACAUCAUUCUUGAAUGGCAGAAAGAUGCGCCUGAUGACAAGAUUAUCGUCUUUACUCACUGGAUUCUGCUGGGUAGAAUUUUGGGCCGUGUGCUGCAACAGGAGAAGAUUGAUUUCCUUUACCUCUUUGGCGGAAUGGGUCCAACCGUCCGUGAGGAUCAGAUCAAAGCCUUUCAGACGAAUCCAAGGAUCAAAGUUCUGGUGUCGUCUUUGCGAGUCGGAGGACAAUCUCUCAAUUUGGCAGCCGCAAAUCGCGUAGUUAUACUGGAUGCCUGGUGGAACAAUGGGAUGGAAAAACAAGCAUUUGGUCGUGUGUUCAGGUUUGGGCAGAAGAAAGAAAGCUGGUUCACGCGGAUCCUAGCAAAGAAUACCAUCGACAAGCGGAUUAUCGACUUACAAGAGGACAAGCUGAAAGCCAUCAGCAAGGCUAUCCAGACGAAUGAUAACACCAAGCAUAAGCUCACGGACGAGGAGGUAGGAUCUCUUUUCGGACGGACGAGAAGACGAACCGACGGUACUCUCGUAAUCGAGAGUGAUUAUGAGGAUGACGAGAGUGACAAGGGUGAUGAAGGCCAAGAUGCAACGAACGGUGGCGAGGGCAGCUCUCGAGUUCAUCAUACCUGCGAGGGCGAGUCUGGCAAUGACUUCGACUCCGACUCUAGCAGUGACAGCGAUGAUAGUGAUUGGUGA